AUGAUUUCGGCGCGGACAGCCGCACGAUGCUCGCGCGGCCGAAGGUACGCGUCGCGUCGCCGCCUCCCGACGGGCGUCGCUCGGCACCCGUCACGUCACCGCCGCGCUUUUUCGCCAACGCGUCUGCUUGUUCCUUUCCGCGCCGCCCGCCUCGCGCCGCCUCGCCCCGAACGCGCGUAUCGCGUCGUCGUCGAACGCGGUUCCGAGCGGCACGCGACAUCCUCUCUUCGUCGAUCCCGACCGCUGACGUUCGAUUCCCGUCGCUCUCGAACGCAGCCGCGCGUCCUCGGCGUGAUCCCCGCGCGUUACAACAGCCGAAGAUUCGCGGGCAAGCCCCUCGCCCUGCUCGGCGGCAAGCCGCUGGUGAUGCACGUGUACCGCAACGCGUGCAAGGCCAAGUGCCUUGACGCCUGCGUGGUGGCGACGGACGACGAUCGCAUCGCGAAGGCGGUCAGGGACAACGGCGGCGAGGUCAUCAUGACCGACGCCGCGUGCGAGACCGCCCUGGAGCGCUGCCUCGAGGUUGUCAGGAAGCUGCGGCGAAGGCGCGCCGACGGGAAAAAAGGGACGACGUGGACCGCGGCGUCUGGCGAGUUCGACGUGGUCGUCUGCAUCGACGCCGACGAGCCUUUCGUCCAGCCGCACCACAUAGAGACCGUGGCGGACCUGGUCAUCAACUCGGACGCCGUCGUGGGGACGCUGGUGCGACGUGGGCUCAACGAAGAGGACGUGGCGAGCGCGGACACGGUGAAGGUUGUGACGGAUGACCGCGACUACGCGCUGCUCUUCUCGCGAGAACCCGUCCCGAGAAGGGGGUCGUCCGCGGGCGGCGGCGGCGUCGUGCGAUCCGCGUACGAUCCGGGCGUGGCGUACAAGGUGCGGGUGGGGAUACAGGCGUGCGGGACGGACUUUUUGGAAAAGUACGCGUCGCUUCCGGGGUGCGGCGGCGAAGGAAGUAUCGAACAAAGUCGCGUCGCGGACAAGGAGAACACGUCGCCGCGGCGAACGACGAAGAACGGCGAUUCAUGCGCGAUUCCUCCGUAUGAACCGCCGGACGAGCCGGAACAGAACCGGGUGGUGUUCGCGGGGUACAAGGUCAAGGUUGACGUCGUGGAGAGCACGUUCGUGCCGGGGGUGAAGACGCCGGAGGAUCUCCGGCACCUCAACGCGGGGUUGGGGGCGGGUCUCGUGAACGACUUGCAGCUCACGUUUUUAGUGGCGUGAGGCGAACGCACGCGCGCGGGUCUUAGAGCACCCUCGCCUUGGUAAAACGACGACGACGGACGAUCCGUCGCGCCCUCGUCUCGACGUGGAGAUCGACCGUGACGUGCCGCUGGAUCGAUGGCGACGGGCACGCGGACGAGCUGGCGCGUUGGUCGUCUCAAAAAUCUUAAAA